GCCACUGCAACGGCUCUACUCUGCAAACGGCAUCGUCUCAGCUUUCGCCUCCAAAAAAUGAUAUCCUUUCUCUGUCACGGACUAGGGUUCUCUUUUUCCUUUUACACUGAAGCAUAUACUCAUUUCAGUUAUGGCGCUAAAAUUAUUUCCAGUGCAAUUUCCAAUCUUUUCACCACUAUUAAACCCGAAUCCGAUUCAGAACCCAUCCCAACGCCCUCUCUUCGAGGUCCACUUCUCGCGGUGGAAUAACGCGAACGCUAGAAAAUUCAACGAACAGCGACGCGCCCAGAAAGAAAUCGAGGACGACAUCCGCCGUCAACGCCGCUUCGAUUCGGCCACCAAUAUCGUUCAAAACUACGAUUCUGCCACAAAGACCACAAGCACCGAGACUUUCAAAUCCAUAGGCACUCCUUCCUCUCCUUCAACUCCCUCUAUUCCGGGCAGGAAAUCGAAGUACUCCAAACCCAAAACCCAUCCGGCAUUUCGUCGAGUGUCCACCAGAAUAACCCAACCGAAGGAUGAUGAGAGUCCAAUCGAGAGAAAUGCAAACAUCAAACUCAGUGAAGACGGUCUCUCUUAUGUUGUCAAUGGCGCACCAUUUGAGUUCAAGUACAGCUACACUGAGUCUCCGAAGGUCAAGCCUCUUAAACUGCGGGAGCCGCCGUUCUCGCCAUUUGGGCCGACCACAAUGAGCCGGCCGUGGAUUGGGCUGCCACCGAAGACACCGAAAAAGAAGAGGUUGAGGGAAUUUGACUCGUUUAAGUUGCCACCGCCAGAUAAGAAAGGCGUGAAGCCGGUUCAGUCUCCGGGGCCGUUCCUGCCAGGAUCAGGUCCGAGGUAUGUGUAUACAAGGGAGGAGAUACAGGGGGAGCCGUUAACGCGAGAUGAAGUUAAGGACUUGAUCAAAGGGUGCUUGAAGACGAAGCGCCAAUUGAAUAUGGGUAGAGAUGGUCUGACGCACAACAUGUUGGAUAAUAUACAUGCCCAUUGGAAACGGCGGAGAGUGUGUAAGAUCAAAUGCAAAGGAGUAUGUACAGUUGAUAUGGACAAUGUUUGCCAGCAAUUAGAGGAAAAAACUGGAGGAAAGGUUAUUCACAGGAAAGCAGGGUUGGUAUACCUUUUUCGAGGCAGAAACUACAACUAUAGGACUCGCCCCCGCUUUCCUCUUAUGCUGUGGAAACCUGUUACACCUGUGUAUCCGAGAUUGAUUCAACGGGCUCCGGAGGGUCUAACAGUGGAAGAAGCAGCUGAAAUGCGCAAGAAAGGACGGGACUUGAUACCGAUACGCAAACUAGCAAGAAAUGGUGUGUUCUAUAAUCUAGCACAUGAAGUCAGACUGGCAUUUCAAGUAUGUGAAUUGGUCAGAAUAAAUUGUCAAGCGAUUGUAAGAAGUGACUGCCGGAAAAUUGGUGCCAAACUCAAGGAUCUUGUUCCAUGUGUGCUACUCUCAUUUGAAGACGAACACAUACUUAUGUGGAGGGGAAGGGAUUGGAAGCCCUUCUUAACGGAACCUGUAAAUGAUUGUAAAGAAGGCAAGGGACUGAAUGCUACUAUUGCAGCUUCUAUUGCACCAAUUGUGGAAGACCAAAAAGCUGAAAUGGUCUCAAUCAAAGAAGUUAUCAAUGUGCAAAAUAUGGGCACAGCUGCUGCUGGCUGUGAAGAGCAAACAGAGGAUCAGUCUACAUUUCAUAUAGGUGGGCCGGCAGCUGUGGAUGCCAGUUCAACCACAAGAGAAAUGAAUGAGAGUAAUCCCACAUCAGAUAAUGCAAGUAGUUCUUCUGUUAAUGUGUGUGAAACUAUCAGAGAUACAUUUGGUAGUGAAGCAGCAGCAGGCUAUGAAGAGCAAACAGAGGGUCAGUCUCCAUUUCAUGUAGAUGGGCCUGCAGCUGCGGAUGCUAGUUCAACUACAAGGGAAAUGAGUGAAAGCAAUACCACACUAGAUGAUGCAGGUAGCUCUGCUGUUAUUGGGUCUGAAACUAUCAGCAACGUAUUUGGUAGUGAAGCAGCAUUGAAUAAUUUGAGCCGUGCUAAUGAAAUGUCAGCAGCUAUAUCAGUGGAAUCCGACACUGUGUUAGAAAGUGUUGGGAGCACCGGGAAGCUCCAAGAUGCUUUAGUGGACUCGAGUGAUGUUGCUGAACAAGAAAAUUUGAGUGCGCUUUGCGUAGAUGGAGUUCUACAAUUGUUGAAACAAGCUGUUGAGAGCGGAAGUGCAGUCAUAUUAGAGGAUGCCAACUUGGAUGCUGAUAAUGUUUAUGAAAAAGCAGUUGCCUUUGCCCAGUCUGCUCCACGUGGUCCUGUUUUUAGAAUUCAAAAACCCAGGAAGGUAUGGAUUCGAAAGUCUGAUGAGGAGCAAGAAAGCAAGGAUUUGGAAGCUAAAGAAGUAACAACCAUUUCUCAUACAGAAAAAAGCAAGAAGAAGAAAAGUUUUAAACUUCCAAGAAAUGAAAGAUCACAUGAACAAUCCAUGGAUUCAGCACCAUUAGGAAGCCUAGGGAUAGAUGAACUUGCUAAACUGCUAGCAUGAUACUAACUGAUUUUUUUUUUUACAUGUAGAGUUGCUGCUAAUAAAUAAAAUUCUUCAACAUGUCCAUUCUUCCCUUUGUAUUCUCUCCAUAUUGUUAUUUGUAUUUUUGAUUCCAAUGGCUUUUUCUAGUGUCA